AUGGCAGCUAUUCAGGUGAGCACGGUUCCCGUGAACACGCACGACAGCGGCGUAAAGCCGUACUUUGAGCAGAAGAUCCAGGAGACCGAGCUGCGGAUACGGACCAAGACCGCCAACCUGCGGCGGCUGGAGGCCCAGCGCAACGCGCUGAACGACAAGGUGCGGUUCAUCAAGGACGAGCUGCGGCUGCUGCAGGAGCCGGGGUCCUACGUCGGCGAGGUGGUCAAGGUUGUGAGCGACAAGAAGGUGCUGGUCAAGAUACAGCCGGAGGGGAAGUACAUUGUGGACAUCGCCAAGGACAUCAACGUCAAGGACCUCAAGGUGUCGCAGCGCGUGUGCCUCAAGAGCGACUCGUAUGUGCUGCACAAGGUGCUGGAGAACAAGGUGGACCCGCUGGUGUCGCUUAUGAUGGUGGAGAAGGUGCCGGACUCGACGUAUGACAUGGUGGGCGGCCUGACGAAGCAGAUAAAGGAGAUCAAGGAGGUGAUCGAGCUCCCGGUGAAGCACCCGGAGCUGUUCGAGAGCCUGGGCAUCGCCCAGCCCAAGGGCGUGAUCCUGUACGGCCCACCCGGCACCGGCAAGACGCUGCUCGCGCGCGCGGUCGCGCACCACACCGACUGCAAGUUCAUCCGCGUGUCGGGCGCCGAGCUCGUGCAGAAGUACAUUGGCGAGGGCUCGCGCAUGGUCCGCGAGCUCUUUGUCAUGGCGCGCGAACAUGCGCCGUCUAUCAUCUUCAUGGACGAGAUCGACUCCAUCGGCUCCAGCCGCGUCGAGGGCGGCUCCGGCGGCGGCGACUCCGAGGUCCAGCGCACCAUGCUCGAGCUGCUCAACCAGCUCGACGGCUUCGAGACCUCUAAGAACAUCAAGAUCAUCAUGGCCACCAACCGUCUGGACAUCCUCGACCCUGCCCUGCUGCGUCCGGGCCGCAUCGACCGUAAGAUCGAGUUUCCCCCACCCACCGUCGCCGCCCGCACCGAGAUCCUGCGCAUCCACUCGCGGAAGAUGAAUCUCACGCGCGGCAUCAACCUGCGCAAGAUCGCCGAGAAGAUGAACGGGUGCUCGGGCGCCGACGUCAAGGGUGUGUGCACCGAGGCGGGCAUGUACGCGCUCCGCGAACGCCGCAUCCACGUCACCCAGGAGGACUUCGAACUCGCCGUCGCCAAGGUCAUGAACAAGAACGACGAGACCGCCAUCUCCGUCGCCAAGCUCUUUAAGUAG